GAGUACGGAGUGCAAGUGUGUGUUUCACAAAAUAUAUCCGUCUUUCGUUUUAAGGAUGCCAAUGAUGUCGCUGAGCCGUGCGAACGCUUGAAUCUUCAAUUUUCUGCCUUACCUACAAAGCUUUACAACUAGCUGCGAUCGGUACAUAUUACGCUCCAUUGGUCAUUUUUGCCGUCUGGUUAUCUAUUUUGAUGUUGGCAACAUGCCGGUGACGUCGGAAGAAGAGGACGAGGACGAGGAUGUGACGCUCCAUUCGGAAGAGGACGCCUCGCACUCUGAAGUAUCGACGUCCGACUACGAAGACGACGACGAGCUGCCGCCUCGGCAGCCCUUUUCGCAGCACACAUUUGCGCCGCCCUUCUACGGCCGACCGCCAACGCCCCUGCCGCCGUCGCCGUCGUUGACGUCGCUCCUCAGGCCCUCGCGGCCCACGACGCCCGAUGCAUCCGACGACGACGCCGAGCAACAGCCCGUGCCCCGGGCCAGCCCCCAGGUGCCCACGUACGAGUACUAUGGUUUCGUGCUGUACCUGCUGAGCAGCCUCGGCUUCCUCAUCUACCUGCUGUGGAGCUACCUGCCGUCGCCCUUCCUGCACGCCCUCGGCAUCUACUACUACCCUAACCGUUGGUGGUCGCUCGCCAUCCCCAGCUUCCUGGUCGUUCUGUUCGUGUACAUUUACGUCGCGCUCGCCGCAUACAACACCGAGGUCCUCACGCUCCCGCUGAGCAGCAUCGAGACGGUAGUCGACGACGCUGCCCAGAUUGCCGUUCUGGACUCGCGCGGGCGGAUCCGCGAUGACGAGAAGAGAAAGACGGAUCGCAGGCGCGCCGAGAGAGAGAGCCGCCGCCAGCAGCAGCAAGGCCAAAAGGGCCAGAGACGCGGGGGGCGCGAUGACGGCGAUCACAACGGCAGCGGUCGGCGCGGCGAGCAGGAACGCGACCUCCUGACCCCCGCCGGCGGUCUCAACUGGCGCGAGGUCUGGAACGAGGGCACCGAUGCCGUCAUGGACAUACCCCUCGCUGGCGUCUGCGAGGUGGUCUACGGCGAGGGCAGGGAUAUGAGCGACGAGGACGAUGAUGAUGGCGGUAUGAUAACUAGGCUAUGACAACUCGGAGCUAGCGAAUGAGUCCCGGGGUUCUUACAUUGAGCUUGAGGUGCCAUUUUUAUUAAAUAAUUAAUACAAUAAUCUGAUUUCAGAAGUCCGAUUUACAAUAAACGUUGCAUAUCCAACAAUUGAAUGCAUACGAGUAAAUUAUUAGUCAAUGACGAUCUCAAACCCGCCUAUAUGGUUAAUUAGGUAUCUUAUGACUUACG